AUGGGCAUCAAGUCUUGGAUCCACGAUACCAACCUGCGGGUGGCUCGGAGCCCCGUGGGGACCUGGUUUCGCCUGGAGGGGUGCGGUCAUCCCAAGGAGAGGAAAGGUAGUUAUUUCUUCACGGAGAUCCGCGCGGGACUCGCCACGUUCUUUGCCAUGGCAUACAUCAUCUCCGUGAACAGCAAUAUCACCUCAUUGACCGGAGGUACCUGCGUUUGUCCGGAGGAGGACAUGGGCGAUUUCUGCGCCACGAAUGCCGAGUAUGCGCUGUGCACGCAGGAAAUCAACCGGGAUAUUGUGACCGCCACCGCCGCCAUCGCCGCCCUGUCCACGUUCUGCAUGGGUCUCUUUGCCAACUUGCCUAUUGCGCUCGCCCCUGGAAUGGGUCUGAAUGCAUACUUCGCGUACACUGUCGUGGGCGUCCGUGGCUCCGGUCUGGUCUCGUACUCGACUGCUCUCACGGCUGUGUUCGUCGAAGGCUGGGUCUUCCUCGGUCUGACGCUCAUUGGUAUGCGACAGUGGCUGGCACGUGCGCUGCCUUCCUCCAUCAAGCUGGCGACUGGCUGCGGUAUCGGUCUUUACCUUGCUUUGAUCGGUCUCACCUACAGUGCGGGCAUUGGUUUGGUGCAGGGUGGCACGGAUACUCCCAUUGAGUUGGCGGGAUGUCUGGAGGGCUUGAUGGAUCCUGAAACGGGUCUCUGUCCGAGCAGCGAGAAGAUGCGCAGUGCGACCAUGUGGAUUGGAAUCUUCUGUGGUGGUAUCUUGACGGCCUUGCUGAUGAUGUAUCGCAUCAAGGGAGCUGUGAUCAUCGGUAUCUUGUUGGUGUCGAUCAUUUCUUGGCCGCGCACUACCCCCGUCACAUACUUCCCCUACACGGAUCUGGGAUCGAGCAAAUUCGACUUCUUCAAACAAGUCGUUACUUUCCACCCGAUCAAACAUACCCUCCUGGCCCAGGAUUGGAACAUCGCGGGCAAGGGUGGAGAGUUUGGAUUGGCCUUUAUCACUUUCUUGUAUGUCGACAUCCUCGACACAACCGGAACCAUGUACUCGAUGGCCCGCUUCGCCGGCGCCAUCGACGAAGAAACCCAAGAUUUCGAAGGCAGCGCCAUGGCCUACAUGGUCGACGCGAUCUCCAUCUCCAUCGGCUCCCUCUUUGGCAGUCCCCCCGUAACAGCCUUCGUCGAGUCCGGCGCCGGAAUCUCCGAAGGCGGCAAAACCGGCCUAACCUCCUGCACAACCGGCAUCGCAUUCUUCAUCGCUGUCUUCUUCGCCCCCAUCUUCGCCUCUAUCCCACCCUGGGCAACAGGCUGCACGCUCGUCAUCGUCGGCGCCCUCAUGGCCAAGGCCGCAGCCGAAAUCAACUGGCGCUACUACGGCGACGCCAUCCCCGCUUUCCUGACUAUCGCCAUCAUGCCCUUCACAUACAGUAUUGCCUACGGCCUGAUUGCCGGAAUCCUCAGCUACAUCACCUUGAAUGGAUUUGCGUGGAUUCUGGAAAAAGUCAGUGGCGGGCGCAUUGUUCCUCCCAACAAGGAUGAGUCGGAUCCUUGGUCUUGGAAGCUUAAGGGUGGGUUUUUGCCUCCUUGGGUUAACCGGGCUGCGCAUGGGAAGAGGGAUUUCUGGAAGCCGGAUGAGGAAUAUGCUGAUGAUCGCUCUGCGGAGGUUUCUGAUCAGUCGGAGCGGGUGGUUCAUGAGAAGGGCCAGGAGCCUACCACUACCCGCUCGGUGAAAUCCGAAUAG